AUGACGCCCGACAAGGCGGCCGACCAGCUCGCCGCCCUUGAGCGCGAGCUCGGCCCCGCCGGAUACGUCGACUUUGCCGUCCGCUUCGCCGACGCCGCCGCGACCGCCUACACGCAGGCCCCGCCACCUGCCCGUAUCGACCUCGUCAAGCGAGGGCUGACCGCCGUGCAACGGGCCGACCAGCUCGACCCCGAGAACGCGGCCGUGCUCAAGCGGUGCGCCAUGCUGACCGGCGCGCUCGCCGAGGUCGGCUCGACGAUCGAACGACCCGUCCUCGCCCAUCAUUUCAAGGACUACAUGGACCAGGCUCUGAAACUCACCCCCAACGACCACGUGCUGCUGCACAUGCGCGGCCGGUUCGUCUUCCACCUCGUCCAUCUCUCCUACAUCGAGCGCAAGGCCGCCUUGAUGAUCGGCGAGCUGCCGGCAGCCAGCUACGAGCUCGCGCUUGUCGAUCUGCUGCGCGCCUACGAGACCGAACCGACGGCCAUCGACAAUUUGCUGAUCAUCGGAAAGUGCUACACUCAGCUCAAGGACUACGAGAAGGCGCGCAACUUCCUCGAGCAGAUUGCCGAACUGGAGCCGAACGACGCGACCGACGAGAUCUACGCCGAGGAGGCUACCGAGUUGCUGAAGUCGUUGCCCUCGUCA